CCCCCCCCCCCCCGCGCUGGCCUGCCGGAAGCGGAAGUCGGCCUGUGGCCCGAGUGGCUCCGUUACCUUGGAGAGCUGAAGUGGUGGGAGAUCCCGUGGCCGCGCUGUGGGCCGGAGAUCGAAACAACAUAAACAUUAGACAGUACAACUGCCUCAAAGUGCUGGGGAUGACAGACGCUUCUGAAGCUGUUCCAAAUUUUGAAGAGAUGUUCGCCAGUAGAUUCACAGAAGAUGACCAAGAAUACCAGGAAUACCUGAAGCGCCCUCCUGAGUCCCCUCCGAUCGUCGAGGAGUGGACUAGCAGAGCCGCUGGGAACCAGAGAAAUAGAGGCAAUCGGUUGCAAGAUAACAGACAGUUUAGAGGUAGGGAUAGCAGACGGGGGUGGCCCAGUGACAAUCGAUCAAAUCAGUGGCAUGGACGAUCCUGGGGUAACAAUUACCCGCAGCACAGACAAGAACCUUACUACCCCCACCAGUACGGACACUAUGGUUACAACCAACGGCCUCCCUAUGGUUACUACUGAUGGAAACGGCAGCAGCUUUUAGUAAAACCAUUACUCUGUUAACAUGACAAAAGUUUGUAUCUUCUGUUGGUCAUAGUUUUACGUUUGAUUUCAGAGAGUGGAUUAUUAACUUUUUGGCACUUCUGACUUUUUUUUUUUUAAAUGAGAUCUUACCAGAGACAUUAUGGUUGCUGGAAAUAAGUAUGCCUCUAAAAAGUUGUGGAUUUAUUACCUGACUUCUACCUCAGAUUUCUUCUUUGUUUCAUGACUUAACAGUCUUUGAACUUGCUGAGUGUUUUCUUUGUUUGACCUCCAGGAGUUCUGUCUUUGUUUUACACAGAAAUAAAAAUUUUAAAGUAGAAAA